AUGGCCUCCAUGGCCUCCGUGGCCAUGUCGCUGGUCCCGCGUGGCAUUUAUCAAGAGACACCACCAGCUUUCCAGAGCAGAAAUGAGAUCAAUCCGACCCUUAUGAUGAGCUGGUGGGCUACUAUCUUCUCAUUGGUUAUCAUCGUCGUCCGAGUAUGUGGUCGUUAUAUUCGUGUGGAACGCUUUUUCACCGAGGACAAAGUCAUGAUGAUCGCCGUCAUUCCCUUGAUGAUUCGCAUGGUCCUCGUGCACUUCGUUCUCAUCUUGGGAACCAACAAUACCACCACCACAGGCUUGACGGAGAAGGAGAUAGCGAACAGAGAACUAGGCAGCAAGCUAGUUCUUGCGGCACGUAUCUUCUACGCCAUCUUCAUUUGGACCGCCAAAGUGACCGUAUGCGAAUUCCUAAAGCGAGUCACAGGGCUUACCUGGCGCCGAUCAACAACCUUAUUCCUCCGCUUCAUCUCCUUCUUCCUCAUCUCAACCCUAGUGGCCGUGGUCAUCGCAACCCUAGCUGAAUGUCAGCCCUUCGACCACUACUGGCAGGUCACCCCAGACCCAGGCCCAACCUGCCGCAGCGGCUACGUCAACCUAAUAACAAUGGGCACCUGCGACGUGAUAACCGACCUCCUCCUCGUCGCCAUCCCAGUCCCCAUAAUCCUCAUGGUGCAAAUGCCUCUCAAACGCCGUCUCGCCCUGGCAUCCCUCUUCUGCCUAUCCCUGAUACUAGUCGCCAUAACCUGCUACCGCGUCCCCUCGGUAGUCGAUCACAGAGGCUCCCAACCAUACCGCUCCCUCCUCGCCUCCUUCGAAAUCCUCGCCGCAACAGCAGUCUCAAACGUCCUAGUAAUAGGCUCCUUCGUCCGAGACCGCGGCGUCAAGAAACUAAAAUACAAACGCGCCCAAGGCUCAGCCUCUGUCACAGAAAGCAUGGAUAAAUCCUUCUUCCGCAGAAACACAGUCAUGCAACACCAAUGGGGCUCAGACUCAGAACUAGCAGAUGGUCUGGGAAUCCGUCUAGACCCAGAGAUAUACAAACUCCCCAGCACCUCGGAUGGAACCCGCGUUGCAAUUCCAAGACCACCACCACCAAUAUCCCCAUCAUCCCCAUCAUCCCAAAUGCCCUUGGCCAUGGCAAAAACAGGAAACCUUGAUCCAACUUGGUCGUUCACUGCCCCCCGUCGCUCAGACGACGACCGCUCCGCGACAGAUAGUCUCGGACCGAAAGUCAUGCCGCGCGAGUACCUGCGCACAAACGAGUCCCCGCGCGAGAUAUCGCCCACGUCGGAGAUGUCGCGGCGUGUCUCGUUCUCGGAUGUUGGCGGUUUGCUUACAAGAUCAGCCCCGGAGUCUGGGUCCGAUCAUGUGCGUGCCCAGACUACCUUGUCCUCUCCUGUGGAGCCUAUGCAGCGUCGCAGAGGCCCCGGGAGUAGGGCCUUUUGGAGGAUUUGGGAAUCUUUGGGCUGUCGAGAGCUACGCAUGGGCCUCGGUCGCCGGUUCCUGGUCCUGCGGAUCUGCCGUUCCCGGCGUCGGCUUUUGGUAGGCCGCGUUUGA